GAGCUGGUGCAGAAUGCGGACGAUGCCGGCGCUAAUGAGGUCGUGUUUGUGUCUGAUGAGCGGCAGUUCGACGUCAGCGGUGGAGGUCUGGAGGGCACCCAAGGCCCAGCCCUCCUGGCCUACAAUGAUGCCCUGAUGUCCCCCCGGGACUGGACGGGGCUUCUGCGCCCUGGGGUGUCGCACAAGCGGAAGGACCCCAACACUGUGGGGCGCUUUGGCCUGGGCUUCAGUUCUGUCUACCACCUCACCGACUUACCAGGUGUGCUGAGCCCGCCGUCCUUGGGUGUGCUGGACCCCGAAUGCCAGGUGCUACCAGAUGCCGGUGCCCGCUGGGACGUCUCUGCAGCCCAGGACCUUCCUGGCCUUUUUGAGCCCUUCUGGGCUGGGCUGGAAGCUGUGGGACAGCACCGUGGGUCUGCCCAUGGCACCCUCUUCCGCUUCCCCCUCUCCGCCGGCAACCCUCGGGAAUCGCUGCAGGGGUCUCCAAUCCUGAGCGCCUCCCCUCUCCCUGUCCCUGGGCCAUCAGGGGAUGACAGGCUGAGUCUGACAUGGUGCCUGGUGGCCCUGCAUGGGGAUGGGGUGGCAGACGGGAGUGAGUGGCUGGUGGCCACAGCCACAGAUGAGACAGCCACAGGACUACCUGUCCAUGCCAGUGCCCCCUUCGCCCUCUCUGAUGAUCGCCGCCACCUCCGCUGGCCCAAGGAGGGUGAGGAGGGUGAGGAAGAUGCCCGCUGGAAUGCCCUGCUGCUCCUUGGCCUCUUGCCACAGGUCUACAGCCACAUGGCUGCUGUGGCCACAUCUCUGCCUGGCACAGAUGCCUACACCAUCUGGCCAGACCCUGAGCGCAUGUCGAGCUGUGGCCGCAACCGCAGCUUGGUGACCCAGGUCUGCCAGGAGCUGGCAGCUGCCCGCACCCUGGGGCCAGCCACGGAGGGGGCCGUAGGGCGGCUGCGGGCCUGCCUCCCAGCUGCCGACCGGCUCGUCCUGCUGCGCUACGUGGCUGGGGAUGGGUGCCAUGCUGAGCUGCGGGGUCUCCCCCUCCUGCCUCGUGCCGAUGGGACCUUUGUGGCCUUUGGGACUGCAUCAGCCGUUGUCUACAUGGACACGCCGAACUGCCCCAGGGAGCUCCUGCCUGGCCUUGCUGGGUCCUUCCUGCCCUCAGACCUGGAGCCAGGCUUGGACAGCCUCCUGCGAGACAUUGCCAGGGCAGGUCUCUUCCCCAACCUGGUUCUGCUGGACACAGCCAUGACCGCCCAGACUCUGCACUUGGCUCUGCCCCCAACCUGGAUGUCCCAGUCUUCAACCCCAGUCACCUGGUGCCCAGCCCAAGGCCCUCCACAGCCCCCAGCCUCCUGGUUCCCAGCCCUGUGGCAAUUCCUGGCCAACCAUGUAGAAGACCUGGGCCCUCUGGAGGGGCUCCCUCUCAUCCCCCUGUCCCCACUGGAUGCCCCCAGCAUCCGUCUGGCUCGGCUGAUGCCCCAGUCCAGUCUUAUCUUCCAGAAAUGGGAGGACCAGCGCCUGCCACCUGCUGUGGCCUCUGUGCUGGAGGUACUGGGUUGCUCAGUGGUGCCACCAGGCAUAUGGCACCGCUCCCUGUCCUGCUAUGUCCUGCCUCCAUCCCCCCUCAAUGCCCUGCGGACCUUGGGGAGGCAGGGGACUGCAGCUGUGGCCUCCCGCCUGGCCUCGCUGCCUGCUGUGGAUGUGGUCACCCUCCGGGUCUACCUGGCAGACAUGCCAUCCCUGAUGAAGCAGGACAGGGACACACUGGCUGCUCUGCCCAUCUUCACUCCACUGCCCUCCUUGGCCACCCCGCAGCCCGCAGAGCUGGUACCAGCCGGUGCCACCCCAGCGCUGGAGCCAGAGCUGAAGCUGCCCAGAGAUGUCGUGCUGCCAGAGGCCAUGUUGCAGUGCCGGGAUGAAGUUGACCGGCAGCUCCUGGGCAGGCUCCAGAGGCCCCUCAUCAGUGCAGCCCACAUGGCACUGGAGGCCAUCGGAGCUGUGUCCCGGGGCGCCUAUGCAGGGCGGGCAGCUGAGACACAAGCUCUGCUGCUCUGGGUGCUACAGCACGGAGACAUCCUCUUUGCACAGAGCCCCCCACUCCUGCAGGCCUGCAGCAGGCUGGCCUUCCUGGAGACGCCCAACGGCCCCGUGUGCCCACGAGACCUCUACGAUCCCUGUGAGAAGACCUUGCUGGCACUGCUGGGUCCUGAGCGCUUUCCUCCUGCUGCCUUCUGCAGUCCGCCUGUCCUCCGUGCCUUGAGAACUCUGGGCUUGCGGCAUGGUGAGGGCUGCCUGCUGCCUUCGGACAUCAUAGAGGCAGCAGCAAGUGUGAAUCAAGGUGGCACAGCAGCUCCGGACAGGGCUCAGGCACUGAUCAAGGUCUGCAACUGCCCCAAGGCACUGGCGGGCUUCAGCGCUGCAGAGCUUAGGCAGCUCAAGGCUCUGCCGUGGGUCCCUCAUUCCAGUUGCACUGGGACGCCUGGGCCCAGCUUCCUGUCCCCCGGGGAGCUGCGGUCCACCCGGUACCAGCCCUUGGUGGGGCUUGCCAUGCACCUUACUAGUGCCUUUGUGCCAGAGGCAGAGAAGCAGCUGGGGCUGAGCCAGAACCCCCCACCAGACAGAGUGUGGGAGCAGCUGCGACAGCUGGUGAGGUGCAGGGACAUGGGCAAGGUAGGUGCUGCGCUCCGGCCUGUCUACCAGCACAUGCAGGAACACCUGAAGAUGUUUGAGGCUGCUCCAAAUGAUGCUGUGGUGUGGACUGGGUCUGGGUUUGUCCUGCCAUGUCAUGCCGUGUUGGGCUAUCCUGAGGAACUGGAGCUGGAGCUGGGGAUGCUGGUGCCCCGGGUGCCCCCUGACUUCCUGCCUUACAGCUGCCUCUUCAGGGCCUGGGGGGUGGAAGCGAGGGUGAGUGAGGAGAGGGCGGUUGCAGCCCUGCGCUGCCUGGGGCAGGACAUAGACGCACGCAGCUCCAGAGCUGGCACUGCAGCAGAGUUGCAGGUGGUCGUAGCUGUACUGGAGUGGCUUAAGAGCCGGGGGUACCAGGGCGAGGGCACAGUGCCAGUUCCUGUGAAGACCCUGGAGGGCUCAGGCUUUGCCCUCUGCCCUGCUGCCUCUACCGUGUACCUGGACAUGGAGCUGGAGGCAGAGGAGGAUGUGCAGGAGGUGGUGCAUGAGGCAGUGCCAUCCAGCACAGCCAUAUUCUUCAGCGCAGAGUUGCUCAGUAUGCGGGUGCUGGGGCCAGAGCCAUUCACAGCCUGUGGCCCCUCAGAGCCCAUCACCUUACGGCUUCGCAACAUCCUCCGGGAAUACGGCGAUGAGGGUGACCUCUUCACAGAGAUCGUCCAGAAUGCAGAGGAUGCCGGAGCUACUGUGUGCCGCUUCCUCCUGGACCUCCGACACUGCAGAAAGGCCACCUCUGGGCUGCUGGACCCCGGCAUGUCUGCCUGCCAUGGCCCAGCCCUCUGGGCCUACAACAAUGCCCUGUUCACGGAAGAUGACCUCCGUAACAUCACACGGGUUGGGGCAGCGACGAAGGAGGGCCAGACAGGCCGUAUUGGACGCUUUGGGCUGGGCUUCAACUCUGUCUACCGUGUCACAGAUGUACCGUCAGUGCUGACUGGGGAGACACUACUCAUCUUUGAUCCCAAUGGCACUCAUCUGGGCAAGCACAUUCCCAGGGCUGGCUGCCCUGGCAUCCGCCUGGACUUCUCCAGCCGACCACGCAUCCUUUGUGCCUUUGCAGAGCAGUUCUGGCCCUACCAUGGUAUCUUUGGGUGCUGCUUGCCUGAGCCAGGACCCUUUCCAGGGAGCCUUUUCCGCCUGCCUUUUCGCACUGAAGAGGAAGCUGCAACAUCAGAGAUUUGCUCAGAGGCCUAUGGUAUGGAGCGCAUCCAGUCCCUUGGCACUAGCUUCCUUGGCUCCAACCGACUCCUGCUGCUCUUCCUGCGGAGGGUGCGGGAGAUGUCCAUAGAGAUGCUGCCAGACAUGGCCACCUCUGGGGAGCAUACCAUGCCUCUGGCCACGCUGCGGAGAAAGGAGAUCCAAGACUUGGGGGCUCCUGGGAACCUCCCAGGCUGGGCAGCCAUCGAGCAGCUCACAGCCUGUGAAGAAGCAUCCAAGACCACGUGGCACUACCUUGUUUUGGUGUGUCAGGGUGAUGGGGAGUUGCUGGAAUUGUUUCACCGGAACACACAGGCAGGGCUUCAUCCUUUGCCUCCCAUGGCUGGUGUGGCCCUUCCCCUUACCCUUACUGCAGAUGGCAAGUGGGUGCCACGUCUGGAUGAUGAGGCAGGACAAGUCUUCUGCCAUCUUCCCAUGCCAAUCAUCUCAGGUCUGCCAAUCCACAUCCAUGGGGCCUUCAGCAUCCUCUCAAACCGCAAGGGGCUGUGGAACACGGCAGAGUGGGGUGAGUGGAACCGGGUGCUGCUCCGCAAUGGCGUGACAGUUGCCUGGCUCCGGGCACUGAACCACCUCCGGACCAUGCAUGAGACAGGUGAGUUGAAGAGCUAUGAAUAUCAUGUCUUCUGGCCAGACACUAACACUGCCCGUUACCCCUUUACGGAGGCUGUGACUGGUUUCUACCAGGCUGUGGCAGCCAGGAAUGGCCCCAGGCUCUUUUCUGAUGGCUGCUCAUGGUGCUCACUGCAGGAUGCCCGCUUCCUGCAUGAAGCUGUGCUCAGUCACCCCAAGCUGGGUGCCGUGGUGAAGCAUGUCUUUUCCACCACCCUGCCCCCUCCCCUGUUGGCUGUGGCCUUGCCAGAGAAGGUGCAGAGGGGCCUCGGGAAGGCAGUGGAUGCUGGCACCUAUGACUGGCCCCGCUUUUACUGUGAGCUCGUGCUUCCCAACUUGGAAGACCUCUCUGUUGUUGACCGUGACUCUCUGCUUCUCCAUGCACUGGAUAUGUCCCAUGAUGAUGUGGACAAAGAUGGGCGCUUCCCCACUGGGGAUGCCUUCCUUUCCCCGGAAAGACUACGGCGGCUGGAGAGGCUGGGUAUGGUUAAGGACACAAUGACCCUGCCAGAGCUGCUGGAACGGGCAAAGACAGUACAGCUUAUCUGGACAGAGGACCAUGCCCAGGCCUGCCGGAGGGCUGCCAGCAUCCUUGAGCUGCUUCAGGAUGCAGUGGAGGAGAGGGUGAACAACGCUAUGCAGGCAGUUUUCCAGACUGUGCCCUUCCUCCCUGGUACACUGCCCACUGGUGAACAUGUGCUGUUGCCAGCUGCCCAGCUCUACCAUCACCUCCAUGCCGCACUAGUGGGACUCAUCCACCCUAUCUUGGCUCAUGAAAUGCUGGGAGAAAAGUUCAGCCUUCCCAAGGAGGUUGCAUCCUUCUUAGGGCUGGACCGGCAACUACCAGCAGCUACAGUACUUAAGCAGCUUCAGGCACUGAGCUGUAGCUCCAAUGCUCUCACUUUAGAGGACCUGCAGGACAAAACCCAGUGCUGCUACAGGUACCUGCACAUGCUGCUCCAGAGAGAUCGCUCCAGCUGGGGUGAGGUGGCUUCUGCAGUGCCCCAAGGGGAGCCCUUUAUCUUGGUGGGCUCCCGCUUUGUCCCCAUCACGUCUGUGGCUGAGAAGCUGUCAUUUGAGGCUGUCCCCUAUCUUCACCAGCUCCCAGAGCAGUACCAAGCCUACAGCCAACUCUGGGAGUGUGUGGGGCUGCGCCACGCAUUCGACUGGGAUGAUUAUGCCCAAGUGCUCUGCACCCUGGCAGAGAUGCAUGCUGGAGAGCCACUGCCUGCUGCGGAGCUGGCUCUGGCCUUGCGGCUGGUGUCUUGUGGCUUGAUGGCAGAUGACAAAGAGCCAGAUGCCUACCAGACUCAGCAGCUCUUUCUACCUGACCAGAAGGGCAUUUUGCGUCCACGGGACAAGCUCCACUUCAAUGAUGCACCAUGGAUGCCAGUGGACAGAGCUGUCCUGCUGUGCCACGAGAAGCUGUCCCGAGCCGCAGCUUUGCGCUCAACCGCUCAUGAUAUGGUGAGAGAGUUGCUCCAGAAUGCGGAUGAUGCUGGUGCGGGCCUUGUGCAUUUCGUGUGGGACCGCCGGCAGCACCCAGUGGAUGCCACUUUCAGCGAGAAUUGGAACUCCCUGCAGGGCCCUGCUCUCUGUAUCUACAAUGACAGCCCCUUCCAGCAGCAGGACAUUGAAGGUAUUCAGCAUCUGGGGGUGGGUGGCAAGCAAGGCCGGCAGGAUCUCACAGGCAAAUAUGGCCUUGGCUUCAACACUGUCUUCCACUUUACUGACUGCCCAGCCUUCCUUACUGGAGACAGUGCCCUGUGUGUCUUUGAUCCCCAUCUCUACUACGUGCCUGGAGCCACAACCGAGAGCCCUGGUGGGAUGUUUGCUGUCAACCCUGAAUUCAAGAGGACCUUUCCAGACAUUUAUGGCACCUUCCUACCCUCUCUCUUCAACCUGAACCAGGGUGUCCUUUUCCGGCUGCCCCUCCGCACUGCAGCUGGGGCUACUAUCUCCAAGGUGUCUGGCAUGGUUGUGCGGGACCAAGACCUCAUGGCCAUAGAGACAGUACUGGCUGAAGACGGUGAAGACUUACUGCUCUUUCUCCGGCAUCUCCAUACUGUGGUCUUCUCUGAGAUAACCCCAGACGGGGGCCAGGUGUUGGAGAGGCUGCGGGUGGCCACAGAGCUGACAGAUGGUGAUGCAGAACUGAGACAGGGCUUUCAAGCGAGACUGUGCCAAGGCAUGGAUGGGAACGGCCACACCUCUGUAUCCUAUAUCAUGACAGUCAAAACCAGCAAGAGCAGGACCAGCACCGUGUGGAGGGUGAUCUCCCAAGCUGGGGUUCAGGAGGGUGCUGAGGAGUCUCCAGUGUUUGGGCGGCUGCCCUAUGGGUCUGUGGCAGCCUGCCUGAAGCCAUUGGGCUUGAACAAAGUCACGGGCAAAGCAUUCUGCACCCUCCCACUGCCGCUGAACACAGGGCUGCCUGUGCACAUCAAUGCCAACUUCUCCGUGGAUGCAGCCAGACGCAAUCUCUGCUGGGACCCAAACAGCACAGAGGCAGACUGGAACCGUUUCUUGCUCCGGCACUUGGUGGCUCCACUAUACUGUGCCUUUCUCACCAGGCAAUGGAAAGCCCUGGGGCCUGAAGGGCUCCAGUUCAAGUCCCUGAAGGUCUGUCAGCAGCACCUGGCCUCCCACUACCUGCACUUGUUCCCUGCUGUGUCAGAGGUGCUACCUACCUUUCAGGACAUGGUGAGGGAUGUCUAUAGGCACCUCAGUCACAAACGCCUGCCCCUGGUGCCUGUGUACCACAUAAAGCGCCCUGACAGCACGGUGACAAUGACCUGGGCAUCUCCAGGUGGUGGGGAUGUGCUAACAGAGCCAUACUUCCUCGAGGAGACACCUGAGCCAGCUCUCCAGGAGGUGCUGCAGCACCUGAACAUGAACCUGGUGCCAGCAUUCACCCACCUGCGGCAGAUCUACAAGGAGUUCAUCGGAGCCCAGGUGGAGGUUGUUGCCUUGCAGCCAGCUUCUCUCCAGCGCUUCCUCAGGGCCCUGGCACUCCCCGUGCCCUGCAUGCUUGCUGAGACGCCCCUGAGGACCCCAAAGAGCUGCUCCAUCCUCCUGAAUCACUGCCUGGAUCCUAUGGAUAAGGACGAGAAGAAGAUACUGGAACUGGAAGGCCUGCCCUUGCUUGUCACACAAGAUGGCUGCUUGAAUGCUCUCAGCAUCCACCACCCAGUCUUCCACAGCUGCUUUGCCCACCUCUUCCCCAACCACUGCCACCGCUUUAUCAACAAGUUAAUGUCUAACCUGACCCUGCCUUGCUUUGUAAAGAAGUUUGGUCUCCUGGAGGCCACACCACUUAUCCAGGAGGCGCUGGGUCAGCUGAGCUGGACCAGAGAGUGGGAGAAGUGGCUCAAGGAGCUGUGGAAUUUCUUCAGCACUUUGGUCAACACAAACACCAAAGAGCAGCUGGAAGUGGACAUGAAGUUAUUCAUGGAUCAUCUCCAGGAUGUGGCAGUGCUGCCUGUUCAGGGGGUUGAGACAGGCUCGAAGCAUCUACUGCCACUAUCCUCCCUCCCCAAUGUUCUUUUUAGGUGUGACACAGAUGUGACCAAGGUACUGCACAAAUUGGGCAUCCCUGUGCUCCAGCAGCCCCUGCUGCCUUUUAACUUUGCCUACCACUGCCUGAUGACGAGGACACUGCAGGCCACAGACCCCAAGGCUGUGCUAGCCCGGCUGGCCAAUGCCAGAGCUGAUUUCCACUGGAAAGACUUAAACGACGAGGAUGUGAGUGUUCUGCUGCACUUUGUGCAGGGAAAACUGGAUUCGUUGGCACUGAAGCAGCUCCAGCUCCUGCCUCUCUUCCACAACUAUGGUGGGGUCUACGUACCUGUGGCACCCUACCGCAAGGUGCUCUUGCUCAGAAGCCAGUUCCCAGAACUGCCUCUGCUUGCCCAAGUCCUAUACAGCCUAGAGAAGGGCUUGUUGCUGCUCACAGCAGACAAGAUCCCCCAGAAGCUGGCCAAGGAUUUGCAGUGGAAUCUGACAAAUGAGCAGCAGCUUUUCAUGACUGUGGUGCUGCCCCAGCUGCCCCAGCUCACAGCGCAAGAGCUUAUGGAUGCUCUGCGCUUGUUCUUUGCCCUGACACACAUCUGUGAUAUUAAGUACAAGGAAGAUGUCACGACAGCUUUUCGAACUGUGGCCUUCAUACCUGAUGCUCAUGGUGUGCUACGCCUGGCCUCCUACUUCUAUGACAACACACCCUCUUUCUGCACUCUGGGGCUCCAGCACCGCUUUGUGCCUGAGUCUUUCUUUGUGAAGCUAGGUAACAACCGGAUAGCUGCUCAGGACUUCCUGCUUCAGGCAGGUGUCCGCACCAGCCUUUCUGCAGAGGAUUUUGUGGCACUGGCCCUGGAGAUAGAGCAUGAAGCCAGUCAAGCUAUGUACCAUGCUGGAGACCUGCGGCCACGACAGCAGGAAAUGCUCAAAGAGUUUGACAUCCUGUUGGGCAAUCCCUUGUCAGAGGGUUUCCUAAGGCAAAUUGCCUUAAUCCACUUCCUGCCUCCACUGGACAUUCCCCCAGACUUGAUGAACCUCCACCCCCCUUUUGCAGCCUGCACUAAGCCUGUGGCCCUGAAGGGCAGCAUUUACCACUGCCAAGAAGAUGUGGCUGAGCUCCUGUGGACAUCAGCCACCAUCCUGCCGAAGUCCUUUUCACUGAACCAAGACCUCCUGAAGGCCAUGGGAGUUACUGUGGAGAUACCCACUACCCUGGUGGUGGCCAACCUGGAGCAGGUGUGUAGGGCAGUGUGCCAGACGCCGCAGCAGGUCAACACACGGGUCAGCGUGCUCCGGAAGGUGUACAGCUUCUUGCACACCCAUCUGAAGGAGGUGGAUGCAGGGCGCCUCACUGAGCUGCGUGUGGUGCUGACCAAGUCAGGGGAUGUGGCCAUGCCAUGGCAAGUGGUGACAUCACUCCCAGACGAGGAUGACUUUUACCCCUAUCUUGCCAUGCCUGACCCCCACUUGUCUGUCUGUACAGACCUGUUGCAACACCUUGGGGUGGUCUUGUUCCCCACAGUGACUCACUACAGCCGUGUCCUGGCCCAAAUCUACCGGGAGAGCCAUGACAGUGGGACCCUCAGUACUACCCAGAAGAAGACAGUCCUGCUGGCCACACGGUACUUCUUCCAGCUGUUGCGGGAGGCACUGGAGCCCCCUGAUUUCUCCAGUGUGGCUGAGCUGUACUUGCUGAGCACUGCUGACUGCCUAGAGCCAUCCCACAGGCUGUACUUCAAUGACUGUACAUCCUCAAGUACCUCUAGGGCCUUGGGGAAGACCUUCAUGUUUAUGGCUGAACUGCCAGGGACUGGGUUUAAUUCUUGGCGGCUGCUGCAAAUGCUACCACAGCGCCUGCGGCCACAGGCCCUCUCAAAGGUGACAAAGCAGCAGCUGGAUGAGGGCAGUCUGCAGCCAUGUCGCUAUGGUUCUCACUGCCCUGGGCAGAGGCAUCUGCAAACCCUCCUGGCAUCACCAUGGUUUAGGAUGGGGCUGGAGGCCCUGCUCCGGUGGCAGAGCCACAGGACUAUGACGAGAAUGGAGUGGGAUGGUGGCUUUGCAGUGGAGCAGCUGAAAGUCCAGUGCUGCAAGAGCAUCUUCACUGUGCUGGUCCACUGUGGUGAAAAGGUAGAGGGCAGCUCCCAGUCACAAGUCACCCAUGCAUGCUUGACUGGUGGUGGCCAGCGGCUCCUCUACAUCCGGCAUGCAGAUGCGGUGCUGGACCGGCACCAGCUGAGAGUCCUGGAUGCACUAGUGCAGGAGAUCAAUGUCAUGCUGGGUGGACAGAUGGAGGCACCCACCUUGUCAGUACUGCGUGAAAUGCUGGUCUGCCAGGAGCCACAGGACAUAGUCUUUGUUCUGCAGGAGAAUGAUGUGGCACUGGUGGGUGCUGCACCAGAGUCAGAGGAGGUCAUGGCACCAGAGCUGGAGAAGAGGCUGCGCGAGGAGGCUGUGGCAGAGGGAAAGCCAUGGAAGGGUUGGCCCAGCCUGAUGCCAGAGGUGAAUGCUGAUGUGGAUCACAGUCUGGCAACCUUCCAGCAGCUGUGUGCUGUCAAACAGACAAAGGUGUUGCAGAACCUCCUCUGUCAGUACAACCCUGCGAUCACUGCCCAGCACCACUGGGACACCACCGGUCAGGAAGUCCAUGGCUCCUGGUUGUGCAAUGAGGAGGCCACAGCCCCGACUCAGUCCAUCGCAGAGGCCCAGCGGUGGCUGCGGCAGGCCAAGAAUGACCUGCAGGCAGCCCACAAUGACAUCGGGCGCUGCUGCCCCAACUGGGUCCUCUUCAAGGUGCACCAGGCCCUGGAGAAGGCACUGGUGGCUGCUGUACUUUGCCAUGGUGAAGCCUUUGAGGGCCCAGUGGGGCUGAUGGGGCUGGUACAAUGGCUGGAGGUGGUGGAGCCAAAGCUGAGGGGCCUGGCACAGGAGGUGGAGUGGCUACAUGGCUGUGGCAUGGAUGGCAAGGCCACACAGUACCCGAGUUACCAUCCCUUCCCCAUAACCCCCAAUGAAGCCUUCCACGGUGUGGAUGAGGAGGAGGUACUGCAGCGGGUGCAGGGAGUGCUGGGGAGGCUGCAGAACCACAUGGGUGGAAUGUGA